CAGGUCUGUCUUGCCCGCUGUACGCCCUCCUACCUAAGAAAAGACUCAAAGAGUCCCAGAGACAGCAAAGUCCGUAGUUGCCCACGCAGUCUGCUACAGGCAACCAGUGAGGAAAGAACUGAGCACAGCAGGAUGGAAUCAGAAGGAGAAAUUGUUGACCUCCAACCCAGGAAUCCCAGCCCCAGGAGGGACCUGCCCAUCAAUUUUAACCAUUAUGCCACAAAGAAGAGUGUUUCGGAGAGCAUGCUGGAUGUGGCUCUCUUCAUGUCCAACGCCACUCGACUGAAGGCUGUUCUAGAACAGGAACCACCUUCUCCCUACUACAUAAUCCUGGUCACCCUCCUCAGCAUCUCUCUGCUCUUACAGGUGGUCAUUGGGAUCCUCCUCAUCAUAACUGCACGGAUGAAUUUAAAUGAGGUGUCAAAGCAACAGCGGCUGAACCAGCUCAACAACACAACCAUGGUCAUGGUCUUCAUAACUGUCAUCAUCAACAUUUUCAUCACAGCCUUUGGAGUGCAGAAAAUGGGGCAACCCUGGCCUACACCCAGGCCCUACUGAACCCAGCCUGGGGCCCAGGUGAAGACCCUGGAACUCCUGCUUUCUUUCCCUUUGACUUCUGCCAACCUUAAAGAUCUCUACCCACCUCCACCCAGCUCAAUAAGCCUUCCCCACAGUACCUGGGAAGAACCCACAUGGUUGUGUUGGUCCCCAAUAUAAAUGCAAAUGCUCAAGUAUUUGAUUCUGUUAGUCAUAGUGAAUUCUAUAUUGGUGGCUGUCAAUGAAUGUUUUGUGCUCAGAAUGAGGACGCUAUCAACCUUUCUAGUAUUGUUCCCCCAAACCCAAGACUGCCACAAAGGUGCUGAGUCUGGGGUUACUGCCUCCAAGUCAACCAUAUCCCCUUUCCUAUUUCAUACUAUUUUCUUCUCUCUAAAGAGAAAAGAGUCAACUAUAAAGUGAUCUGCUAAACGAACAUGCGUCAUUCUUUACCCUUUUUAGUUCAUAAGCUCGUAGAGCUAGACCUGAAGAACUUCAGAGAUCAUCUAUUAAAUACUCUCCCAUUUUAUAGAUGAGAACACUGAAGCCUUGGAAGGUUUAAGUAACUUGCCCAAAAUUCACACACAUACAGGUAUUAGGUCAGAGGCAGAAUCUGACCCCAUGCCCUCUCACUAGGGAGCUCUUUCCACCAAACUACAAUGCUAGUUGUGUGCCCAGGUAAGAGGGCAGGCUUAGGCUUCUUCAGUUGUACCACCCUUCUCUGGAAAGGAGCAUAUCUAGAGGCUUGAAACAGAAAAGAUGACAUGAAUCGCCCCCUUUCCUUAGGGAUCCACUUUCAAAUAGCUUCUCCUUCCUUGCUUGGGCAGCCUCCCACUAAAGGGCUGCCAUGUUGAUUUCAGGCACUGUCAACUUGUGAUCAUCCGUGGAUGCAUUAUCCAUUUUGUGGAUUACCAUAGCAAAAUUUUAAUCAAAGUUUGGCUUUUCCCCCAAUAGCACAGCAUUUCCCUUCCAGUUUCCCUACACAACUGCCAAAACAUAUUCAGAAAAUGCAAACUGAUUUUAAUGUUAGUGAAGCAUAACCAGAAAAGUCAACUUGUAAACUGUGAGAGUUGAAAGGAGCCAAAGGGAUAAUCUAGGCCUUCAUUUUACAAAUUAAGGUUCUAGAAUCCAGAGAGGUUGUGACUUAUUCACAGCUAGAAAUUCACUUGAACUCAGGUCAUUUCACUGAGUUUGCUUGCCUGGCACCUAUAGGAAGAUCAUAUAGAAGUCAUUUUGGGAGUAUCUGCUAUUUCAAGUCAAUCCUAACCAUAGCUCCUUCUAAACAAUGUGAAUCACCGACAGGUGACAAAAUAGGAUUAUUCUGAAAAAAAGUGUAGUCAUUACUCUCUUCAAAUCAGCCUGGCCCCAUGCUCAAAGCCUCUAGACUGAAGCUUUCAAAAAGCUCAGCAUUCAUCGAUUCUAGGUAAUAAUAAUGGCCUUACAUUUAUACAGCACUUUCAGAUCUGAAAAGUGAUUUUACAGUAUCACAGACCGAGUUCAAAGAUCACCUAGUUCAACCCUCCUCAUUCUAUAAAUGAGCAAACAGUACAUCUGAAACUGUGAUAACAUGGGUAAUAAGUGGAAGAGUCUGGAAUUAAACUUUCUCAUCUUGUACCAUGCUUUUUGGCUCCAUUUUACAGAUGGGGAAACUGAGACUUAGAUUAAGUUAGACUUGCCCGUGUUCAUAUAAUUUAGACAGUAUCAGAGCUAGGCCAUUGGACUAUAAGUUUACUGAUUUUCCCUCUAUAUAUCAUCCUAAUAGCUUGUAAGCUCUCUGAGGGCAGGGACCAUUUCUUUUUUCUCUAUAGCCCCAUGGAAACUAGAGUCACACAUAGCAAAUACAUUGCUACAGGUGAGGGUAGCACUGCUAUUUUUUGACAUAGCCACUGAUGGAUGUGAGACAUGACUGAUAGACACGAGGCCAUAAUUCCCUUCAAUUCAAUCCCUCCCCACACAGAAAGGUAACAAGAAAACAUCAGACUUGCAUUUUUCUAAGAAGAUGCUGUAUUUAACCUUUUCUCUUCCCAACCAAUUCUUUCUUUUAUAUAACAGAAGCCUAGGAGGCCUCUCUUCCUUAAGGCAGAUGGUACAGAGGUAACAGUACAGAAGUCAAAUACAAGGCACUUAAGUUUAAGGUCCAGGGAAGAAAACUGGGGUGGGGGACUGGGAUGUUGGGGCAAGGGCUCUAGUAAUCUGAAGGAGAUGAACCAGGAGGACGAUUUCCAAUUUGCCUUUUCCAGUCAAAGCCUAUUAUUUCAGGUCUUUUAAAGAAUUUCCUUCAGAGGAAAGCUACUCUGAGAAAAUGGAUAUCUCAUAUGGACAAUCCUAAUU